AUGCGUGCAAAAAAAUUUAUGUUUGAGUCCUUACAUUUUUGCAGUGGGAAUGGAGACAUUACAAUAGCUGAGAAUGUCUAUCCUCAUGAAUUUGUGUACUUAUUUACUUCUAAAGAUGAAGGUGUUGUGCAUUUUAGAAAAUAUGCUAGACUAUAUAAUAACUUGUUUGCAUUUAGUUCGCUUGGGGGUCAUUACUAUGCAAGCACUUACAAAGGGAUUUAUGUAUUCAAAUUGCAUGGGCAAAUGUAUCAUUUUGUUCCAGAUUUAUUGCCUGAUGAGGGUAAUCCAAAAUACUUGCAGCUGUACUUUUAUGACGGCCAGCAUGAGGUAGAACAUAGGCUGGGUUGUUUUCCUGAGUUAAGAGAAGAUGUGAUCAGUAUUCUAAUGCAGGUAUCUCAACAAAAUCCUUAUGUUGUGUUCUUUCGGACUUUAAGAAAUAAAACUAUUCAUGCAGAUACAAGAAUUGUGCUAAAUCAAGCCCCGGUUCUUGAUCAACGCAUCUAUAAUGCUCCUGCUGCUGAUGAUGUUGCUGUCAUCUGGCAAGAGAGUGCUUCAUCUAGCCAAAGCUUGGGCCCUCAUAUAUUAGUGACUGCAACAUCUAAUGAGUCUCACCGAAUCUACCAUAAUUAUGGUUGCUAUGAUCCGCUCCAAUGUCCUUUGUUAUUUCCUCGGGGAGAAUGUGGCUGGACUCAGGGGCUUAAAAAGAAUUCUCAUCCAAGUCGGACAGCAACAGAUACAAUUCCAGAUCCUAUUAUGUCUUGCGCUGUCCAUACAGCAGCUGAAUUAUUAAAUCAGGAAGAAUCCCGUUCAAAGAGGAAGAAUACUAAAGCAGACAAGUUUAUCUCUGCUAGGGAGUAUUAUGCGUACAGAUUGCAGAUCAGGCCUUAUAAUAUGCUGCUGCGAGCAGGAAGGUGUUUCCAACAGUACAUUGUCGAUAUGUAUGUGAAGAUUGAAAAUACAAGGCUUGAUUACUUUAGAAACAAUCAGGACACAAUAAGAGCCGAUUUGUAUAAAGGUAUUUUGGAUUCACUGGAUACCGGGGAGACUCUUGGGGAAAAUGUUGGUCGUAGAGUUAUUUUGCCUCCUACUUGUAUUGGUGGUCCUCGUGAUAUGAAGAAGCGUUAUUUAAAUGCUAUGGCUUUAGUCCAGAGAUUUGGCAAGCCAGAUCUUUUUGAUAAACCCGAUUUGGUUGCAAGGAUUUUUAGAGCAAAGCUACUUGCACUGAAAAAAGAGAUUAUGGAGAAAAACGUAUUUGGGGAAGUUGCUGCCAUGAUCUAUGUAAUCGAGUUUCAGGAAAGAGGGCUCCCACAUGCUCAUUUCCUGAUUAUUCUGAAACCCGAAUACAAGCUCAAAUCUCCUGCUGACUAUGAUAGAUUUGUUUGUGCUGAAAUUCCUACUGAGACUAAUCUCCGUUUAAGAAGAAUUGUAUUGGCGCAUAUGAUGCAUGGCCCUUGUGGUAUACUGAAUCCAGAGUGUCCUUGCAUGCGCAAAAAUGGACUUAGGCGUACCUGUAAAAACAAGUAUCCUAAGCAGUUCUGCAGCGAAACAACAAAUAAUAAGGAUGGUUAUCCUAUGUAUCGCUGA